UCAGGACAAGCUGUGGUCUAAGUGAAAAUCCAAGCUUUCAGCACUACAGCCAAGUGAAUAAUCUGCUUCUACCUAAUUGGAAUCUAUGGCUUCCUACUCUCUCCUCUCUGGGGAGAAAUACCUAGGAAAAAGAUUCAAAGAGGUUACAAUGAUCCUUUUAUUCCAGACCUUUCUUUGGGGUAUAGCUUGGACCAUUCACACAACAGAUACAGAGCAAGCAGAGAUCCGCCUGGUGAAUGGUUCAAGUCGCUGUGCUGGAAGACUGGAAGUACUCCAUAAUGGGUUGUGGGGUACUGUUUGUGAUGAUAGCUGGGGCAUUGAAGAUGCCCGUGUUGUAUGCCGGCAGCUGGGCUGUGCAGGUGCAAUAUCAGCACCAAGGGAGUCACAUUUUGGCAGAGGAGUUGGACGCAUCUGGAUGGAUGAAGUUCGAUGUGUAGGGACAGAGAGCUCCCUCAGCCAGUGCCCAGCAAGACCUUGGGGAGACAAUGAUUGCCAUCAUGGAGAAGAUGCUAGUGUUAUCUGCUCAGAGAUGAGAUUGGCAGGUGGUUCUACCUCUUGCACUGGCAGGGUCGAGGUGCUGCUUAAUCAAAGAUGGGGAACAGUAUGUGACAAUGGCUGGGAUUUAGCUGAUGCCAAUGUGGUGUGCCGGGAAGUGGGCUGUGGCAAUGCAUUAGCAGCAGCAGGUGCAGCUAAAUUUGGACAAGGAACUGGUCCAAUCUGGAUGGAUCACGUGAACUGCACGGGGGAAGAAGACAGUCUAAGAAAAUGUCCACCAAAAACUUUGGGAGAACACAGCUGUAGCCACAGCAAGGAUGCUGGUGUGGAGUGUGCAGAACCACCCGAGAUCAGAUUAUCGAAUGGUCCCAAUCAUUGUUCUGGGAGAGUUGAGAUCUUGCAUGAAAAACUCUGGGGAACUAUUUGUGAUGACGACUGGGACCUUGAUGAUGCCAAAGUUGUAUGCCAGUAUUUAGGCUGUGGGAGUGCUUUGUCGGCCCCGCGAGGUUCUCGGUUUGGACCGGGAGUUGGUCCCAUCUGGUUGGAUGGUAUGAACUGCACAGGGUCAGAAACAGCCAUCAGCAAAUGUCCAGCAAAAGCAUGGGGGGAACAUGAUUGCACUCAUUCAGAAGAUGCUGCUGUGAUAUGUGCAGAACUUCGACUAGUGGAUGGACCCACUCGUUGCUCAGGAAGGAUUGAGGUGUAUCACAACAAGCAGUGGGGGACUGUGUGUGAUACAGACUGGGAUUUAAAUGAUGCCAACGUGGUAUGCAGGGAACUGGAGUGUGGAACUGCCACAAAAGCCAUUGGAGGAGCACAGUUUGGCCGAGGAUCUGGAACCAUUUGGCUAGACAGAGUGAACUGCACAGGGAAAGAAGCUUUUCUGAAUGAGUGCCCGAAAAGACCUUGGGGAGAACAUGGCUGUGACCACGGCAGGGAUGCAAGUGUGGAGUGCUCAGACCCCAAUGAAAUCAGACUGGUGAAUGGUACAAGUCGUUGCUCUGGGAGAGUUGAAGUGCUUCACAACCAACAAUGGGGAACAAUCUGUGAUGAUGGCUGGGAUCUCAGCAAUGCCCAAGUUGUGUGCAGGGAACUGGGCUGUGGAGUAGCCUUAGGAGCCCCACGAGGAGCACAGUUUGGAAGAGGAAAUGAUCCCAUUUGGCUGGAUGAUGUCAAAUGUAAAGGAACAGAAGCUGCCCUCCGUGACUGCCGUCUAAAAUCUUGGGGAGAACACAACUGCAACCAUGGAGAAGAUGCUGGUGCUAUAUGCUCAGAACUCCGACUGGUGAAUGGCUCAAGCCGCUGCUCAGGAAGAGUGGAGAUCUUCCACAACCAGCAGUGGGGGACAGUGUGUGAUGACCGCUGGGGCCUUAAGCAUGCUGAGGUCAUCUGCAGGGAAAUGGGCUGUGGCGUCGCUUUGAGAGCCCGAACCAAAGCAUAUUAUGGACAGGGAACAGGACCGAUUUGGCUGGAUGAUGUGAACUGCCAAGGAACAGAAAGCGCCCUCAGUGAAUGUACAGCAAGCGUUUGGGGAACGAACAACUGCAACCAUGCAGAAGAUGCUGGGGUGGAGUGUGCAGAUCCGGUGGAGAUCAGGUUGGUCAAUGGCUCACACCGGUGUACCGGGAGGGUGGAAGUAUUUCAUCUCCAGCAGUAUGGGACCGUUUGUGAUGACAACUGGGACUUGAAUGAAGCUGUUGUUGUGUGCCGAUACCUUGAUUGUGGAACAGCCAUUUCUGCCCCUCGUUCAGCUCGGUUUGGCCGAGGAUCCGACGCUAUAUGGUUGGAUGAUGUUGAAUGCACAGGAGCUGAAACUUCCCUCUCUGCUUGCAAAGCCAAGCCUUGGGGAAGCAAUGACUGUAACCAUGGGGAAGAUGCUGGCGUUGUAUGUUCAGAGAAUCUCAGGCUAGUCAAUGGCACAAAUCGCUGCAGUGGAAGAGUUGAGAUUCGGACACCAGAUAGUGACGAGUGGGGGACAGUCUGUGACCGGACUUGGGACUUAAAAGAGGCAGAAGUUGUGUGUAGGCAACUGGGCUGUGGAAGUGCUGGAUCAGCCCCAGGUGAAGCUCAUUUUGGGCAUGGAUCAGGCCGCAUCUGGAUGGAUGAUGUCAAUUGUGAAGGCUCAGAAAAUUCCAUUCAAGAAUGCAGAGCAAAUACCAAGGGGACUAACAACUGUGUUCAUGCACAGGAUGCAAGUGUUAUUUGUUCAGAAACAUCCACCCUCAAUGUGGGGAACAUAAGACUAGAAAAUGGUCCAAACUCCUGCGCAGGGCGGAUUGAAGUCUUUCACCAACAGCAGUGGGGAACUGUGUGUGAUGAUGGAUGGGGCCUUCAAGAUGUAGCCGUUGUGUGUAGGCAGCUAAAGUGUGGCAUUCCUUUGGAAUCCCUGUCUGGGGCACACUUUGGAAGAGGUUCUGGUCCUAUUUUCCUGGAUGAUGUGAACUGCACUGGGACAGAAAGAUCACUCAAAGACUGCACAGGACGCUCUGUAGGAGAGCAUGACUGUGAUCAUGGAGAAGAUGCUGGUGUGAUUUGCUCAGGUCCCUUGGAUGUACGAUUAGCAAAUGGCCCCAAUUCCUGUGCUGGACGAGUAGAGUUGAACUAUAAUGGCUCCUGGGUCUCUGUUGGGGAUUCUGGCUGGAGUCUUAAUGAAGCCAAAGUGAUAUGUCGGCAACUGGGCUGCGGUUCAGCAUUGUCUAUCUCAAAGGGCAAUGAAUAUGGCAUGGGUGUCGGCCCAGCAUUUCUGGAUGGUGUGAAAUGUAAAGGAACAGAGUCAUUCUUUACCGAGUGCCAAGCCACAGCUGCAGGUCCUAAGAAAUGCAUCUGCGGCUCCUAUGCAGGAGCCGUAUGUGAAGGACAGUCAGGCUCAGCCAAAACCGCUGCAGUCAUUUUGAGCCUGCUAGUUAUUGUUUUGCUCAUUGGUGGUGUUUUGUUUUACCUGCGGAAAAGGGGAGUGAAAUUAUAUACACUGAAUCCUUUUAAUCGGAAGCGAGAACCCUUCAUGGAAAACAUCAGUGUUGGGUCAAAUAUGGUUAACGGUCUUCGAGAGAUGUAUAGUCGGGGAAGAGAACAAAUCACUUCUGAGGAGGAUCCUGAAGGUGACACCAUCUGCCUCGUGAAAGCCCCCUCUGAUCCUUCAACAAGCAGCACUGAUUGAUAGACUGGGAAGGGACAACAGCUUAAGUGCUAGGGAUACAGAAGCAUCUGUCAGAAAAUAGGUCAUUCUAUGAUCCAUUCACAGGAGGCCAUAACCAUGUCAUCAGUUCUUGUGUUGUUAGCAUGAAUGUCUAGAGAUUUGAACUUUUUUUGCUGGCAUCCCUGGGAUCAUACAACUAUCCCCACUACCCCAGAAAUUGAACUAAUUAGGCAAGGACUGAAGACAACAAAAUGGAAGUACUUAGGGAUAUCCAUAAUGCUAAUGUUUUUUAUAAGAUGGAGCUCUGGGAAAUUGCUUUCAAACUAUUAUUGUUCAUUAUAGGCAACAACCCUUGAUCUAAUAUCCCUACUAGAACCAUCACAGAUCACACUUGCUGCAUACUAAAAAGUAAGACCUAGAAAUCAUGCUUCCUUCUGCAGCUCUAAUACAAUUAUUAAAAAAAGCCAACAUUCACACAGGAUGGAAGUGCCUCUCCAUGUGAAAAAUAUUAGAAAGUACAGACCUUGUAUAAGGGCUAGACAAGUCCUAUCUCACACACUUGAAUCAAUCUUCCUGCAGACCCUGAUCAAAAUAUAAGCAGAGCUGAACUGACUUAGCUUUUAGGUUUGGACAAUCUGUGAAGCAUAUUAGGAUAAACAGAUCAAUCUGAAAUAGGUCCAUCUUGGUAUUAAGGGUGUUCACAAGUUAUUAUAUUUUCUAUCAAAAAUUUCUUUGCAUUUUUUGAAUGCUGGACAAGGUACAUUCGUUGUUUAUAACUUCCUCAAAAUUCCCUUUUUAAACAAGUUGUUUGGGUAUAUUUUUCUAAAUUAUAAAUAUUGGCAAAUACUUUUUUAUAUACAACUACCCCAAUUACAUCAGCUAGCUAAGUGGCAGAAUCCAGCUAGCCUUAGCUGAUCUCAAAAAAAGCUAAGAGUAAGAUCAGCUUACUACUGGAUGAGAAACCACCAGGAAAUAUCAAUGAUGUAGGCUAAACUGGGAACAUUCCUGAAGACAGCAAUAAAAAACCAUUUCAGUAUUACUGUUAAGGAAACAGCAUGGACAUAUCCAUGUAAUCAUCAGAAGCCAAGUUCAGCUUCAGGGAGAUUGUAUUUUCCUACCCUCAAAAUGGGCAUUUUUAAAUAUAUCUUUUCCAAAUAUUCAUUUUUUUUGUGCAAUUUUUUUUCAGUAGGGAAAGACAAAUGCAUAUAGGCUACACCAGAGGCCAUUUUAGCAAAUAGUACCAUUUGUGCCCCUUAAAAUCUGUAUGGAAUUUCUUUUCCAUCCUAUGUAUGUCUAUCUGAAACUUCACUCCCUUUUAUAAUCUUGCCUAUUUUAACCUUUGGUAAAUUGACCACUGGUCUAAUGGGAAAAUGGUUUAACUGGGGGAAAUGCUUGUGUUGAUCCAGAUGAAUUGAAUUUUAUAUUUAAAGCUAAACUAUGAAAAUAUUUGUCUUGUAACUUCAUUGUGAGCAUUUCUACUGGGAACAAUCUGUACAACUAAGAUUUCUUGUUGUAUAAGAAGAAUACAUGAUUGGGGGAAACCAAUAAACAUAAAAUCAAAGAAAAAGGGGGAGCUGCCCAUCAA